AUGUCAUUCUUAAAGGCCCUACGGGGCAAAGGAAGUCCGGGUAAAGCCAAAAAGUCCAAGGGAUCGGACAACCAACCUUCCCAGGCUGUAGCUGCUCCCGUCUACCAGGACCCUUGGGAGAAGACUCUAGUUACACCUGAUGAAAUCUGCGAGCUAGUCAAAGCUUGUACUACCGAGAUCAAAUCAAGAGGCCUGACGGCUCCGUUUUUUAUCCUACCAUUCCGACCAACAAAUGAACCAAGCUCAGCUCGUCCGUUCAUUCGAAAAUACUUUAGCACCGAGAUGGAUUUCAAUGGACCCAUGCGUGGAGAUAGACUUGCUCGCGAACUCAGACUGACAGACAUAACAGUUCUGUGUAGUAUUAUGAAGUGGUGUUGGGCAAGACUUCCUGGUGGUGUGGUUUCAUGGGGUGUCUACGAUACUUUCCGCGAAGGUGAAGCAGAUUCCGAGAUGUCCCGAAAUGCUUUCCCAUCCUUCAUGCCAAUGAUUGUCGAUUCGGAAGCACGCUCCUCUAUCAUCUUCGACUUUUUCGAUCUUCUUUCCGCCAUUGCAGCGAAUGGCAAGCACAAUGGCUUGACUGGUCUUAAGAUCUCUAGAAUGGCGGGUUGGUGGGCUUUUGAGCACUCUGAUAAUGGUUUCGGUUUCGAGGGUGGUUACGACUCAUAUGCAAAGGCUGCAUUGGCUACCUGCCAUCUCUUUUUUUCGUAUUUACGCUCAUUGGCACCAUCUGGAAAUGGUGGAGUCUCGGUUCUCCCCCUCUCUCUUCAACAGCUGCUCUAUGAUAUAGAGUACCCCCCCAACAAGUCUUCUUUCCUAAAUGAGCCGACGAGCCACAUAAUUAUGACAGUCGAUACUGUUUCGCCAACUCCUUUCGCCCUUCUUCGUCGUGCCCGUAAUUUCGACUUCACCGAAGAGAGCCGCGCCUUGCAGGAAUUUUCUGACUAUGAAGAUCCUGUCCAGGCUCUUACCGAAGAAUCGAAACGUAUCCUAAAGUGCAUUUCUGCCGCCAAUCAAUCGACAAAACCAGGAGCCGGAGCAGGCCUUGGAGACCAGUCUUGGAGUAGAUUUCAAGAUCUCGGAUUCUCAGCCCUUGAAGAGUCGGAGUCCUCCGGAGACGAUGAUAGCAUCUUUGGUGCCAGCGGACAGACCUUCAGGAAACGCAAGCAAAACGACGGCUUGGUCCAGAAGCAGAAAACAGUUGACCUCGCCCGACCACAAACGCCGUCAUGGGCUGACUUUAUGGCUUCCGGGUUCGCGGAAGCGGCCUCAGAAACGAGAGCCCCAGCCCCAAUCCUUCUAUCUCCGGAUAAGCUUCUCCCCGCCAUCGAGACUUCUAGAGCCCGUAGUGUUCAAUCAAACCGUAGGCCAGACGAAUCCCACCUUGAGCCUGGUGAGUUGGCGAGCAUUACUACAAUUGCGAUAGAUGAUGCAUUUUGGCUAGUUUGGAUGACGAGCUUGGCUCCGGAGGAAACCUCCGCCCGGAAGGCAGUCUUCGGCCGAUGUGCUAUGUUCGACACCGUCAUACGCGGUAUCAAGUGGGUUAUUGUCGAGGAGAAAGUCAAGGGAGCGCUCAAGAAUACCAACAACGAUGAGGUCUUCCUGGCAACAAAGAAAGACAAGAAACGGACUAUGAGAAAUAGACUUACUCGAAGAAGAUCUGUUGACAGGAAGGAGAUCGUUCCAGAGAAAGCUAAUGGACUUUCGACCACAUCCCUUUCACAACGACCUCUCAAUCUUACGCCUGAGCAACAGCAAAGUAUUAGGCAGACUGCUGCGACUUUACGUCAGCGUGGCCAUGACUUGCCGGUUGCCCGCCCCAGGCCUAAUCCACCAGAUCGCCCCGCUGAGAAAGUUCUGACGACCGCUAGUGUGAUGACACUUCAGCCUACUAUCAUGAAAGAAGCCUCGCCAGCCAUGACCUGGGCAAAGAACUAUGAUAAAGAAGCCAUCAGGGAUGCCUAUCUAGGUGGCGCUACAUCACUCGCAGCAGUGUCCCAGAAGAGUCUCCCCCCUGCCCCAGCUGAGAACGGCGAGAGCUAUACACAAUCCCCAGUCAGAUCGCCGGCCCAGGCACCAGUAUCCCCACCCCAUUCUCCUCUGCCCCCAACUGUGACCAAGCCAAAGCUCGCACCGCUCAAGACCGGAUCUACUAAGCCAACACCAGUGAUUGCUCCAGUCUCCCGAGAGUCCCUGGAAAUCGUUUCUGAUAAACCACAGCCACCAGUUCCUCAACCAGAACCAGAGCACCGUGAGGAGCCUGCUCCUUUGACACAAGUCAUUUCUCGGACCAACGCACCUGAGAGGGCAAUGAGCCCCGAAUUAUCUGACGGUGAAGCAAGUAAGAAGGUUAGCAAGUUGAGGAAGCUUUUUGGAAACACAAAGCCUGCAAAUCGUCGAGCUUCAGUCCAAGUUACCCCUAAGAAUCUUGCGGUUCCUGAGAAGUCUGACCGACGACCAUCUCUCCGCGGAAAGCCUAACAUUCCUCCCGUUUCGAAUGGAAACAAUACGACAACAGCAGAGCCUACCGCAUUUGAGUCGUUCCAGACUGCCCGAGAAGCACCAGUUAGCCCUAAGCCUAUUGCCACUCGCGAGACAACACCAGCAGCCUCUAUCGUUGAAGAAACAGCUGCAAAGACUGAGUUUUCGCGAUUCGACCAAGGUCCGCUUGACGCACCAGCUUUCGUUCCUGAAGACUCACCAGAACCAUCGCCUGUUCGUCCAAACCAUUCACAGUCUCGAUUCGCUGCUUCGCGCGAACAUAUUCCAGAUGUCCCCGCCGCAGACAACCGCUACGAUGUAUCGCCUCCUAGCGAGGCCGAUGAACCUGUCAAAGCUCAUGAGGCGGCCCCGGAGCCGAAGGAAGAGGUCAAGGUCACGCCGCCGUCAUCGCCACAAACAUCUCCGGUUCUAGAACCAGUUCAAGAUAGAUGGGCCCAAAUAAAAGCGAAUGCGGCUGCCAGAGCGAAAGCCAACCAAGCUAUGGGUUCACCGCCCAUGCCAACCCAAAGCCCGCCCCCCGUUGACGCUGAAGAAUCAAUCGAGUCACGAGUUGCGAGGAUUAAGGCCCGUGUUGCUCAGUUGACAGCCGGCGCGGAGCAAUAG